GAGGAAGUGACCUUACGAUUUCGCUGCCGUCAAGAUUUUUUCAAGGUUGGCGUUACGUUAACAUAUUUCGGUUUUAUUUUAUGGCGUUUUAUCAGCUUAGUUCUGUACAGCAUUCACGCUACAGAUUGCUUCUUCCGGGAAAAGCUUGCGAGUUAUCGCUGCAAAAACUUCACGAUAUUUUCUCACGCAAAGGGAGUGGAGAUAAGUUGGCAGAUGUCUUCGUUUAUCAACACUGUACUUGUUAUUCUUGUGCUACGAAAAGUGCCAGAUUUUGAAGGAUAUAUUUCUGCUCUUCGAAACAACUCGAAGCAUGCCCGGUUCUGGUCGCUUUUCGCUCAGUUGAUGGUCGCUGUUAGUUACAACAUCAUCGUCAUCUCCACAGAAACAUCUACUGUAAGUAAAAUUAUUGAAGUUAUGUUCAUUCUCGGAGAAAUUGCGACGACCCUGGUAGUGUAUCUGUGGAAUACUGUACCCGCACCGUGGAAGGAACCCAGAGACAAAGUAAAGAAUUUGGCAUACUCACUCACUCUGCUUUUGUUUAUCCUGGAGAACUUAUAUCUUUUCGUGUUGAUUUCCACGCAAGCAGCUUUCCAAGUAACAGGUGUGAAUAACUUUCAUCGAACCCCGUCCGCCCUUCAGGCAGUUACUAUUGUGGUCAAUGCUGCAGAAGCCACCUUUUAUUACGCCAUGAUGAAAUUCUUUUGGAACAAAUGGUUUGAUGAUCGAAGAAAUCUUCUGAUCAAUGAUAAUGUUUGA